GUCAAGACGCCGCGGUCCGGACGUCGAAACUUAAAGACAGGAGCCAGCCCGGUCGAGGGCAGUCGCGGAGCCCUGUUGCCGUCGCCCGGAACCGCCGCUGACGAGUCCCGGGGUCGUACGGCUGAGACAGUGAAAAAGCAUUCUGGCUCCCGAGGUCCACCCCUUACACCCCAGGGUGCAGAUGGCGGCCAACGUGGGUGAUCAGCGCAGCACAGAUUGGUCCUCUCAGUACAGCAUGGUGGCCGGGGCAGGCAGAGAGAACGGCAUGGAGACUCCCAUGCACGAGAACCCAGAGUGGGAGAAAGCCCGCCAGGCCCUGGCCAGCAUCAGCAAAGCGGGAGCCGCCGGCAGCUCUGCCAAGGCCAGCAGCAAUGGGCCUGUGGCCAGUGCACAGUACGUGUCGCAGGCAGAGGCCUCGGCCCUGCAGCAGCAGCAGUACUACCAGUGGUACCAGCAGUACAGCUAUGCCUACCCCUACGGCUACUACUACCCAGUGAGCGUGUACCAGAGCUACGGCUCCCCCUCCCAGUACAGCAUGGCCAGCUCCUAUGGCUCAGCCGCGCCGCAGCACCAAGGGCCUCUGAGCCAGCCCCCUGUCCCUGGCAUGGAUGAAGGCAUGCCCUACCAGGCGCCCCCUCAGCAGCUGCCUGCGGCCCAGCCCCCCCAGCCCGCCAACCCCCCACACGGUGCCCAUCCUCUGAGCAGUGGCCCCCAGCCUGGGACAGCCCCCGCCACCCAGCACAGCCAGACGGGACCCACGUCGGGUCAGGCCUACGGGCAGCACACCUACAGUGAGCCUGCCAAGCCCAAGAAGGGCCAGCAGCUGUGGAAUCGCAUGAAACCAGCCCCUGGGACUGGGGGACUCAAGUUCAACAUCCAGAAACGGCCCUUUCCCGUCACAAACCAGAACUUCAGCUCCACCACGGAGGGCCAGCACAGCGGCUUCGGCCCCCAGCCCAACCCCGAGAAAGCCCAGAACCACAGGGGGAACCUGUCUGGGAAGCCGGACGACUGGCCGCAGGACAUGAAGGAGUACGUGGAGCGCUGCUUCACGGCCUGCGAGUCGGAGGAGGACAAGGACCGCACGGAGAAGCUGCUCAAGGAGGUGCUGCAGGCGCGGCUACAGGAUGGCUCGGCCUACACCAUCGACUGGAGCCGCGAGCCCCUGCCCGGGCUGACUCGGGAGCCUGUGGCCGAGAGCCCAAAGAAGAAGCGGUGGGAGGCGCCCAGCACCCUCCAUCCUCCCAGGGGGGCAGCCUCCGCGACCAGGGGUGGGGGUGCCCAGUCCCAGCGAGGGACGCCGGGGGCUGGAGGUGCCGGCCGAGCCCGGGGCAGCAGCUUCGCCAAGUUCGGCAACCGCAACGUCUUCAUGAAGGACCACAGCUCCUCCUCCAGCACCGACUCCCGCUCCCGCUCCUCCUCCCGCUCCCCCACCCGCCACUUCCGCCGCAGCGACUCGCACUCAGAUUCCGAGAGUUCCUGCUCAGGCAACGAGUGUCACCCUGUGGGCCGCAGGAACCCACCCCCGAAGGGCCGGGGAGGCCGGGGGGCCCACAUGGACCGGGGCCGGGGCCGGGCACAGCGGGGCAAGAGGCACGACCUCGCGCCCACCAAGCGCAGCCGCAAGAAGUUGGCGGCCCUGGAGUGCGAGGAGCCGGAGCGUGAGCUGAAGAAACAGAAGCGGGCGGCGCGCUUCCAGCACGGACACUCGCGCCGCCUGCGCCUGGAGCCCCUGGUGCUGCAGGUGGGGAGCCUGGAGGGCGGCGCGGCCGACCCCGACUGGCAGGAGCUGCAGAUCGUGGGCACCUGCCUGGACGUCACCAAGCACUACCUGCGCCUCACCUGUGCUCCCGACCCGUCCACCGUGCGCCCGGUGCCGGUUCUGAAGAAGUCGCUGUGCAUGGUCAAGUCCCACUGGAAAGAGAAGCAGGACUACGCCUUUGCCUGCGAACAGAUGAAGUCCAUCCGGCAGGACCUCACGGUGCAGGGUGUGCGCACCGAGUUCACGGUGGAGGUGUACGAGACCCACGCGCGCAUCGCUCUGGAGAAGGGGGACCACGAAGAGUUCAACCAGUGCCAGACGCAGCUCAAGUCGCUAUACGCCGAGAACCUGCCGGGCAACGUGGGCGAGUUCACCGCCUACCGGAUCCUCUAUUACAUCUUCACUAAGAACUCGGGAGACAUCACCACGGAGCUGGCGUACCUGACCCGGGAGCUGAAGGCGGACCCUUGCGUGGCCCACGCGCUGGCGCUCAGGGCCGCCUGGGCUCUGGGCAACUACCACCGCUUCUUCCGGCUCUACGCUCACGCGCCCUGCAUGUCUGGCUACCUCGUGGACAAGUUUGCAGACCGGGAGCGCAAGGCUGCGCUCAAGGCAAUGAUCAAAACCUUCCGCCCAGCGCUGCCCGUCUCCUACCUGCAGGCCGAGCUGGCCUUCGAGGGCGAGGCCGCCUGCCGGGCCUUCCUGGAGCCCCUGGGCCUGGCCUACACGGGCCCGGACAACUCCAGCAUCGACUGCCGCCUCAGCUUGGCGCAGCUGCCGGCCUUCUGAGCACCAGCGCCGCGGGGGCGGGGGGCCGGGCUGCAGAUCUUGUCUUUGAGCCAUGGACUUGGGGUGUAAAUUAAUUCAUGGGGAGAGGGCUCCAGGAAGAGCCCUCGUCCCUGCCCCCGUUUUCCCACCGGGGAGUCUGUACAGAGAUUUUUCUACGUUUUUAUUUUUGGCCUCAGAGGGUCGGGCUGGGGAAGGAGGGGAUGGGUAGCGGAGGGCCGGGGGCAUGGUCUGUAGGCUGGUCUGUCCGUCUGGCCCUCCACUAAUGCUGUCUCAGUGUUUUUUCUCUCUCUCUCUCGAGCUCGUACUCCGGUACCAACCCAGCACCCUGGCCCGUCCCAUGCCGGGGGGGCAGGGCAAGAAGACAGGCCGCUCCGCCCGCGCCCGCCCACGGCGGGGGCACGCCCGCCGCCCGCCGCCCGCCCGCCGCUCCACAGACUCUUGUUGCCAGCCCUCCGGGGCCUCAGUUUUUUGGGCGAGGGGAGCCGCGUAGAGACUGUGCCCUGCCCUCGGCCCCCGAGCCCAGAAGCCGCCGCCGCCGCCACCCGCCACGCCGCCGCCACACUGAGGACCCCGGAGGCCGCCGCGGGACCUCGCCGGCCGGGCUGCCUCGUCUGCAGUUGUAUUGAGUUGUCUCCGUGUCCCCCUCCCCCGUGUCUCCCCUGCCCCGUCCUCCCCCUCCUCGCACUCUUCCCUCGGUUCAGCACAGGUAAAGCGGUUACCCUCCCUCCCCGCCUCAUGGAUCACCAGCUCACGUCAUGUUUCCUUCUCUUUUCUUUUUGUGUGUGUUUAUUUAAGUUAUUUUUCUUCCUCCCCUUUUCUUUUCCGUCUCCCUCCCUCUUCUGCCAUGUAACUGGAGGGCGCGAUGAGUUGCGAACAGCUGGACUGUCAGGCUGCUUCUCUUGCAGAUGUCCUCCUCUGCCUCCCUCUCCCCCUCCCCCCCUUUCCUUCCUUCAUUCUUUCCUUGGAGCGCUGAGCACCACUUGGAAGCUUGAGAGAAACCAAAAUUAAAGAGAGAGAGAGAGAA